CUUUUGUUUUCUUUUCUUUCUAUUACCUAACCUUUAUUACUAUGAGUGCUUCUGUAGCUGAUAUAUUUGAAGAUUACGUAGAAAGUCUACAGAACUUGCCAUCAGAGAUUGAUCAAAACAUGCACGAAUUGAGAAGCAUGGAUGAAGAGUUUCAACGAUUCAGAGAGAUCUACACAAAGCAUAGACGCUCUUACUCAAAAAUGUACAGAACUGGAAGCAACAGUGUCAACUUACCAGCAGCUCGUCAACAGCUGGAAAAAGACUACAAGCUAGCCAUUCAAAAACAAGAUCAGAAAAUCGACUUGACAAAGCGCAUGUAUGACUUGGUGAGCAGACACAUUGAGCGCAUCGAUUCACAAAUGGCCAAGUCAGACAUUGCCGAUGUAGAUUGGAUGGGUGGUGCAACAAAUCGCAAAGCAUCAGCCAUCGUGACAGAUGACACAAGCUGGAGAUUGGAUCGCAAAAGACCUUCACCUCAUGACGGACUAUUUGUUAAAAAGAGCAGAACACUUCACUCUUCUAGACCCAAUCCAGCACUAGAACAUAAUGGCGCUUUACCAGAAUUAGAUAUUGAUCCAAAUGAACCUAAAUAUUGUUACUGCAAUCAAGUCUCAUUUGGUGAUAUGGUUGCUUGUGAUGGUGAAAAUUGUGAAAAAGAAUGGUUUCAUUAUGCUUGUGUUGGUCUAACUGAACCACCUAUUGGUAAAUGGUAUUGCGAAGAUUGUUCAGCAGAAGAAGGAUAUCGAAAGAAGUUGAAGCGUUUUACAGAUGGAAUGUUUUGAGCUCUUUACAAAAGAAAAUAAUACCCUUUUUUUAUCUUUUUUU